AGCUCUCUUGCUUUCUCAACUACAGCUCCCAGCGUUCCCUUACAAGCAAUGUUGUCGCGGGGUAUGCUGGAACUUGUAGUCUCACAAGAGUAAGAGCCUUUUCCAGUCACCUGGAAAUAAUAGUAACAUGAGUUGCGCCCCCCCCCCCCAGCUACUCUGCCAUUGUGGUUGAAGCUCCCUUAUCAGAGUUACCUUAAAGGUUACUUAGCAACCUCAUAACAAGAUCUUGAAUGGGUCUUAACAAUGGCUCUGGCAACUGAGGGGUUAAGUUGACGUGUUUUUCCCAGGGACGGCCUUAUAAGGCCAAAACCACGGGGAGGGGGGUUACCGGGAGUAAGGAGACGGAUCCGGUUCUUGUGUAGCACAUGAAGAAACGGUUUUGGGCCGAGACCCAGGGGCAGUGUUGUGAAAGCGGCGAAUAUGGAGGGACAAAGGCAUAUAGAAAUGGCUCAGGAGACAAACCAAACUCCAGGACCAAUGCUGUGCAAUACAGGAUGUGGUUUUUAUGGGAAUCCUAGAACAAAUGGAAUGUGCUCGGUUUGCUAUAAAGAACACCUUCAAAGACAGAACAGUGGCAGAAUCAGUCCAAUGGGGGCUGCCAGUGGUUCAAAUAGUCCAUCUACAGAAUCUGCAUCUAUACAGAGAGUAGAAACUUCCUUGAACUGUGAAGGCGCUGCAGCCGGUCUCUCUGAUAAAUCAAGAAAUACACCCAUUGCUUCAUUGCCUGUAACUCAACAAAUGACAGAAAUGAGCAUUUCAAGAGAAGACCAUGUUGCCUCUCCCAAGACUGAGACAUCUGAGCCUGUUGUCACUCAGCCAAGCCCUUCAGUAGCCCAACCGAGUACUUCUCUGAAUGAGGAAAAGGAACCAGAGCUUCCAAAGCCAAAGAAAAACAGAUGUUUUAUGUGCAGGAAGAAGAUUGGCCUUACAGGUUUUGACUGCCGUUGUGGGAAUCUCUUCUGUGGACUUCAUCGUUAUUCCGACAAGCACAACUGUCCAUACGAUUACAAAGCAGAGGCCGCUGCAAAAAUAAGAAAAGAAAACCCUGUUGUGGUGGCAGAAAAAAUACAGAGAAUAUAAACAAUGAUACAUUUUUUGAAGACAGACUAUUAUAUUUUUUUCUGGGUUUCUGAUUUUAAUAUAUCCUAGGGAAAUAUGAAAGAGCAGAUGCAUGUCCAUUUUUUUUCCUUCUGAUGUUAUCCACAGUUUCUUUUUGUGAUGUUUCUCUUCCCACCCCCAUCUUAUCUUGAACUUAAAGAAUGUUUGGGUGUUUGUUACAGACAAAAUUGGAUGAAUACAUACAGAAGCACCUGAGCCCAAAUUACGUGGAUUGUCAGCAUUGGAAUAAGCUUUACAAUUAUUGCAUAUCUGGUGUUAUGUUAACAAGCGAAUGUGCCAAAAAAAAAAACAACUGUAGGCUUCCAUUCUGCAUGCCUUCACCUUAUCCUCUGCUUGUAAUAACAAUUUGGCAGCUGGCUUAGGAAUGUGUUGAAAGGGAGGUCCUAAUACACCUGGAUAAACCAGAUCAUGAACCUUCUCCCGUGUCCUAGUUUACUCGAACAUUAACUGUACUGUAUGGACUGUAUAAGACUGUUUUGCAGUAGGAUGUUCCUAAUAAUAGUCAUUUCAAAAACUGUUUUGUAAAACUCUUUGCAUGCUAUAUAAGGGGACCGCCAACUUUUACAUUUUCUGAAUUGCGGAACUUUGAAUUGGUCCAAACCAUAGCACUGCCAAGUAACAGUCCAGCAACUGCACCAGGUAACCCAGGAAAUAAAUAGGAUCCUUAAUACAUGUCGUGACAUGAAGCUUCUCCAGCCGUUGCUCAGCUGGUGCUUUGAAACAGAACUUGCAAUACUUUGCUGUGUGGCCUAUAAAAAUAUGCAAUAUUUUACUGAAAUAAUAAAUGGCUGCCCAUUUUUAACUUGUUCAGUGUCCUAAGACACUAAGGUUAAUCAUGAGCUGUUUUUUGUAGAGCUUUAUGGGCUUCACACAUUUGCACAAGGAGUAUGUAGUCAUUUUUGUGUCGCUCGUGUGCAGGGGAUGUUCAUUGUACUAAUCCAUGCAUUGUACAGAGGUUUUAUCUGUGCCACAAGUGAAAUACUAAGGAUCCCUUAAAUUAUGCCAUCUCCUACGUUGGUGUUCUUUUACAACAUACUUUUCUGUUACCACAUUGUCUCUCUUUUGCUGUGCCUUUUUCCCUUGUCUUUGGCCAAUGAGAGAUGUUCCAAUAGUAAUUUCCAUGUUUUGGCAAAAUAUACAGCAGUGUUUUUACAGGUCAGGUGACAUCGCCAAUUGUAAGAAGCAACCAGUAGCAGUUCUCUGGGAUUGGGCUUCAUUUCUGGUAUUCUUGUCUUAAUAGUAUGUGUGAGUUUGUUUAGAUGUAAUGGGGUGUGUGUGUGGGUUUUUUUUUUUUUUUUUUUUUUUAACUUCCUCCCCCUUUCCUCUAAUUUUGUGAGGUAUUCAAGAAAAUGGCUUUUUGACCAUUGAUAUUGAGGUUUUACAAUGUGAUUCAGUUGCACAGAUUUGCAUGUAAACGCUACCUUACAUGGCUGCUGAUUGAUUUUGGGUCCGUUUGAUUACUUCCAUGAGUGGUACCAGGAACCACACGCAGAGGGCUGCUCAACUCUUCUCAGUUUAACUUGGGUUUAGAACUUUCUUUUGGAACCUUCUUGGUUGUAUUGCAUGGGCUGCAGUAUAUACAGCUUUGUACAAAAACAACUCUACAAAAGGCAGUAUACUUCACUGAUGCUUGUCUGGUAAUAUCACUUCUGUGUUCUAAUGGAAGGUUUUCUUAUUACGGAACUUUUUAACGCUUUUGUUUUCCAUUUUAGAUGAUCGAGUUCAAUUUUUAGACUAGGAGUUGUGAUAAUCCUGUUCUCGUCUGUAAAUAGAUCUAUAUGUUCACUCACUUUAAGCUUUUACUUUGUGUGUUCUGUCUCUAGUUUAUUCUUCACUUUCCAAGCGUCCGUUUUUUGUUUUGUUUUUCUUUGCUUUAAACCUUGUAUUUCUUUUAUGAGUUAAUUAGAUAUGCAAAUGUGUACAGAUAGUUAAUAUUUAUGUAUUGCACAUAAUCAUGCUAUUCAGCAUUUAUGCUAUAUUGUAUUAUGUAAAUAAUAAAAUUAUGUACAGUG